ACCCCGGAUGUUCGGCCAUUUUGGACUUGAGAAAGUGAAGCUUGCCACUUCCUUGUAUUUCACUAAGUACCAAAAACAGCCUAAAAAUGACUGAACAGCAACUAGAUUGCGCCCUGGAUUUGAUGAGAAGGUUGCCUCCCCAACAGAUAGAAAAAAAUUUAAGUGAUUUAAUUGACUUGGUUCCAAGUCUAUGUGAAGACCUGUUAUCUUCAGUAGAUCAGCCACUGAAAAUAGCAAGGGAUAAAACAGUUGGCAAAGACUAUCUUCUGUGUGAUUACAACAGAGAUGGAGAUUCUUAUAGGUCACCAUGGAGUAAUGCUUAUGACCCCCCUCUAGAAGAUGGUGCUAUGCCCUCUGAUAGACUAAGGAGACUAGAAGUGGACGCUAAUGCUGCCUUUGAUCAGUAUAGAGAAAUGUAUUUUGAGGGAGGUGUCUCGUCUGUCUACCUGUGGGAUCUAGACCACGGCUUUGCUGGUGUCAUUCUAAUAAAGAAAGCAGGCGACGGUUCCAAGAAAAUUAAAGGGUGCUGGGACUCCAUUCAUGUGGUAGAAGUACAGGAGAAGUCUAGCGGUCGUAGUGCACAUUACAAGCUUACCUCCACGGCCAUGCUAUGGCUACAGACCAACAAGGCAGAAUCUGGGACCAUGAACCUUGGCGGGAGCUUAACGAGACAGAUUGAAUCAGAUGCUAAUGUAAAUGAAGCCAGUCCUCACAUUGCCAACAUUGGAAGGAUGGUGGAGGACAUGGAGAAUAAAAUUAGGAACACAUUGAAUGAAAUUUAUUUUGGUAAAACUAGAGAUAUAGUCAACGGCCUACGAUCCCUAGUGCCCCUGGCUGACACGAAAAAACAGCAAGCUGUUCUCACUGACCUUGCAGCUGCUUUACAGAAGAGGCAACAGGCACAGUGAUUCUUAGACAGGUGGCGACAUCUAUCUUACAGUGCUGAGAAUUCUGGGACAAUUUUCAGUGACAGAGGAAAAAAAGCUGUUCAUAGAAAUCAGUGGUACCCAGUCCUGGAUUUUAAUGAGAGACGAGGGGAAGGACAGUUGCUUUAAAUGGGAGAAACUUGCCACUGAAGAUGUCAAUGUUUAUUAUUAUUAUUAUUACUAGCUUUUGUUAUGUAUUUUAGUGGCCAAAUGCCACAGGUGACCCAAGGAAUGAUGGAUAAUGAAGAAGAUUGAGGCUCCUUAAUUCAUCUGAAGAAGAGAUGCUUGACUUCUUGAGUUUUGAUAUGGAAACGAGAGAAUUAUUUUCUUGUUUCCUAUCUAGGGUGGCAAAUAGAAUGAUGGAUAAAGAUGAAAAUUUUAUAAAUUAAAGCUUUUUUAAAAACUGGAGUUCUUAUAUGGAAACAAGAGAAUUUUUUUCUCGUUUUUUUUUUUUUCAGCUCUAGAAUAUUACGUAUUAAUUUUUCCCCUUGAACACUUUAUUUUCAACAACAGAGGAAGAUAUUGGUUAAAUUGUCAAGGGAUUGGGGGG